GCCGCCGCUUGCCGGCCCAUGCCGGGCCCCCGAGCCCCGCGAGGAGGCGGGACGGUCCGCAGCGCGACAGGGAAAACCACAGUUUAUAUAGAGUGGCUAAGCUGAUAGACCUCAGACUCUAAACCAAGAGGCCAGAAUCCACCCCACUCACCAACCUUGCUCAGAGAGGACUGCUUGGCUGGCCCAGACUCCCCUCCCCAGCAGCUGCCCUCAGAACCAUGGAGAGCCUUAGUGAACUGCAGAACCCGCUGCUGCCCAGAAGCCCCGCCCACCUCCACGGUUCCUACACCGAGGCCCUGCCCAGCUGGGCCUGCCAGGAGAAGCUUUAUUCCUACCUCCUAGGUGGUGCUGGCCCCACUCGUGCCCACCAGCUCCUGGACCCAGGGUCCUUGCAGCUGGCAGUGGAGGCUUGGUACCGGCCCAGCUGCCUCCUGGGGAGGGACAAGGUCAAGGAGCCCAAAGCAGGCAGCUGUGAGACCAGCUUCACAGAGGCCAGGGAGCCCCCAGUGGGGCCCACAGAGCAGGGCUCAGAACCUGGUCAAGCUGAAGAUGAUGUCACCAUCCACACUGUGUCCUACAGUGUUCAGGAGGAGCUGCAGGGCCAGGAGGACAGCCAAGAGGAGGAGGAGAGUGAUGCAACCUCAACAGAGAGCGAAAGUGAAGACAACUUCCUCACACUGCCUCCCAGGGACCACCUGGGGCUCACGCUUUUCUCCAUGCUCUGCUGUUUCUGGCCUCUGGGCAUCGCUGCCUUCUACUUCUCCCAGGGGACCAGCAAGGCCAUCUCCAAAGGGGACUUCCGCCUGGCCAGCACCACUUCCCGUCGGGCCCUCUUCCUGGCCACACUCUCCAUCGCUGUGGGGGCAGGUCUCUAUGUGGCCGUUGUGGUGGCUCUGGCAGCUUACAUGUCCCAGAACGGCCAUGGCUAGUGGUCAGUAAGGGCCUCAUCUUGGCUCUCCUGGCCCACCAGAGGAAGGCUUGGGACUUGGAAUGCUGGACUCUGCCCAGAGCCCUGUCCCUGAGAGAACCUGUGAGAGUAGCCUGUUGAGAAGAGGCCUCCUAAUCUGCAGCCUGCAUGGCGUGCAACCUUUCUCUCUCACCCACUGCUCCUGGCCCCAGAGCAGGCCAGAUGAGAGUGGGAAGGAGGAGAGGCAGGUCCACCCAACAUGCAGGGCCUAGCCCAGCCCACUCCACCCAUUCUCUACAGGGCUUCUGCCCCACAGGCAGCUCACUCCCCACUUGCCACCUUCCAAAAGAGAAAGCAAGAAGUUUGAGGGAGGAGAAUGAAACAAGGAAUCUGACCCAGUCUUUUCAUCCCUGUACACAGCUUGAACAGCUGACUCCCCACUCUACUCUCUGGCCCUCCAAUCAGGAAAGAAAAUACAUAGAACCCUCAGCAAGCCCAUGCACUCUCUGACUCUGGGAACUGCAUAUCUCCCCUGUGGGUGUAAGACACUGCAGAUCCUAGGUAGAGCUGGAGCUCGAAAGCCCUGCAUUUGAGGGCGGGUUGCUGGAAUUCCUCUGUACUAGACAAAAGGGAUGACAGAGAGGCUGACGGGCCUUCCUACUCUGCUCCUACUCCUCACCCUAUAAUUCUUUCUGCUGGAACGACCCUCGCUUGGUUCUCUCCCAGAUAGACUGAGAGAGUAUUGCCACUCCCCAGCUACUGAGUGCAGGGUGCUGGAUCCAGGCCUGUGAGAAAAGGGUGAGGAGAGGGUCUGGGCAGUGGUGAGUGUAUGUGGAGGAGGGACCCAGACAGAUGUGGGCUGUUGAGUAGCCAGCAUUGCUCAGGAGGGCUUCCAGGAGGAGGUGUCCUCUGAGCAAGGCCUAAAAGGACCAGAAGAAUCUACCUAAGGGAUUUGCCUUCAUAUAAUGCCCAGUGUUGGUAGACAAGGGUAUAUAAGAGCUUCUCAUGGAGGUUUCCAGGCUGCUUGGAUUCUGUCUGGACUAUCCAAUCCAGAGUCAAAUUGUAGACAUUUCUAAGCCCUCUACUAAUAAAAGGAAGGCCAAGCCUGUCUCUCUGGAACCAGUGAUGUUUUCCAUCUCUGAAUGAUGAGGGGUUGGCGAUAGGCCCCUGGCCACUCUUGGGGCCUCUUCACUGGUCCCUCCACUCAGGACUGCUUUCAAUCACUCUCCCCCCAGGCACUAAGGAAUGUCAGAGUUUUGGAGACACUGAGCAGAGACACAGUACAGUGGGAAGGCAGGCCAGUUGGGGAUUUGGGGAACCUGGCUAUUCCCAUACCUCAUCUAGAGCCCAGAUGGGGCUAUAUCUCCACCACUGACUACCCCUUGCUCCACACCCUGCCCAUCUCCCUCACUUCAGGAGUUGCCCAGCCCUCUACUCCCUGCAUUGGCAGUUUUAGUAUCUCCUUAUUGUAUUUAUUUAUCCUGGUAAUAAACUUUUCUG